CUCCGAAUCAAAGAAGCGGGCGGCGGCACUCUCCUCCGCCUCUCCGGCGAGGUCGACCGGCGGCGGCGAUGUCCUCCUCUCCCGGUCGGUCGUGCUCAAAGAAGCUGAAUUGUUCGAUGGAGGACCUACUGGAGGCUCUGCUGACAGAGAUUCUCAACAGGAUCACCAGGACAGGUGAUCUGAAUUCUCUUUCCUUUGUGUCAAAGCAGCUCUACAAGAUAGAGGGGAGUCAAAGGGCUGCUAUCCGUGUUGGUUCCCGUCUUUGCACUGCUACAAAAGCACUGACAUCAUUGUCCGCCCGCUUCCCAAAUCUGCGGAAAGUGGAAAUCGAUUACUCUGGUUGGACACCUGGACAUGGAAAUCAGUUGGACAACGAAGGCCUUUCUGUGUUUUCAUCUCACUGUUCCUCGCUGAUUGACCUCACCUUAAGCUUCUGCUCAUGCAUCGAUGACUCUGGGCUUGCUUGUUUAGCUUAUUGCAAGACACUGGUGUCUCUCAGGCUCAACUCCGCACCAAAAAUAACGUCAGUUGGGCUUUUCUCGGUUGCAGUUGGCUGCACGAAUCUUUCUGCCCUCCACCUUACUGAUUGCGAUGAAAUCGACAAUGUAGAGUGGAUGGAAUACCUUGGUAGGGAUGGAUCGCUGGAAGAGCUUGUAGUGAAGAAUUGCAAAGGAAUCAAUCAUCAUGACUUCCUAAAGUUUGGUCCAGGAUGGAUGAAGCUCCAGAAGUUUGAGUUUGAGAGGAAAAGAGGAAGAUAUGAUAGUCUUAUAGCCAUAGGUGAUGAGGUCUAUGACUCCUCGUACGAUGCUCACAUCAUGGAUAUAUAUGAUUUCUGCUGUGAGAGUUUGAUGGAUCUAAGGUUGGCACAUAUUGAAACUUGGCCAGAAGCAGGACUUCGUGUUGUCCUAGGGAAGUGUAAAGCAUUGGAGAAGCUUUGCCUUGAGUAUGUUCUUGCCUUAAAUGACAAUGACAUCAUUGUAUUAUCUCGGAGCUGCAGCAACCUUAAAAGCAUCACACUUUGGCUUAAGCUGCAGCGCUACUCGAGUGAUGUCAGCUAUUGUGAAAGCAGGACGUCAUUUACUGAUAACAGCCUUUACGCUCUAGCCCUAAACUGUCGUAUGCUUCAGAUGGUAGACCUCAGGUUUACAGGAUGCUUUGUAUUUGUAGCAUUUUCUAUUGUGAAGAGCAUUUGCUUUGUAUUUGUAGCUCAUCAAGAUGCCAACUUUGCUUUGCUGGCCAUGUACUUUAUACUUGCGCUAAAAUGAAAUAUGCGCUUUUCCCUUGCUGAAAAAAGGGAGAAUGAAUUAUUUA